UAAUCAUUCAUAAAAAAAUGCACGAAGAUGCAUUAAAAGGUAAUGAUUUUAGCUAAGAAUAUGGUUUGGAAAACAUUACUUUUCAAGUGUCGUUAACUGCAAAGUAAUUCCCCAUUGGCUACUUGUAACUUCUGAUUGUUCUGAGCAAUUUAAAAUGAAUGAGACUUGUUGACUUGUUGGUCGUGUGAUAAUAGCGAAAAAGUCGAGAAGCCAGCAGUGAAAUUCACCUAAGCUCUUAACAAUUCCAAACGCAAGGCACGUGCUUGACUUUUUGCGUGUCUGUCUCCUCCAUUGUUUAAAGAAAUCUAGUUUGUUUGUACGAGGAAGCAACAAAGGAAGUCCCGAGCUGGACGAGUUUAGAGAUGGCAACCUGUUGGGCCUUGACUCUCCGAGAACCCACAAAAGUCUGAGAAGCCCAAUGAGAAUAGCAAGCCCACCGGACACGCUGAAAGUCAAAGCAAGUCAAGAUCCCUAAAAGCGUCAUCGCCUCCAUUCUCGAUCAGAAAAAGCAAUUAACUCCAUGAAAGAAGGUGAACUGGGAAUCGCGCUGCAGCUCUUCUCUUCAAACGGUCGAGUUCAUUGAUGAUGGAAGAGACAAGGAUGGGAGACUCUCCGCCUAUAUAAAGACUGCUCCUGUCAAAGAGAAAGGUGACAGUUUCCUAGACUUGGUUAGAACAGGGUUGUUCUCUGGUAGUUUUAGGUUUGGGUUCGAGUCUCGUGUCUGGGUAGCUGAGUUGGGGCAGUGGCCAGGAACUCAAGCUAUCUGGGCAUGGCGUCUGUUUAAUACUUCUCCUACUUGUUUUUGUUUAGCUUGAUUAGUGUUCUAGUCAUUUAAACUCAGAUCAUCAGUAUCUGAGUUUGGUUUCUUGAUUCUCUUGAUAGUUGUUAUCAAAAUAAAAAUUAUCUCAUAUAUUCAAUUCAGUCUGGUGUGGUUGUGAAUCUGGUCUCAUAGCGGGUUAACACAACCGAUUGGGAAGAUAAUGUAUAUUCGUUAUUCUAUUUAAAGUAGUUUAGGUGUUAUUCAUAAGUAUACUCGUAUCUACAUAAGAAUUGGAUAGAAAAUUAAAAUUAUGUCUAUAUUCGUUUGGAUUUUGGGUAUCAAGAUUAUUUAUGGGUAAUAAUAUCAUGAGAAAACGAAAGAUUUUUACCACCAAUUUUGAACUCUGCAACGGUCUAGAACAGAGAAGCAGGAGAGAAGAAGAAGAGCCUAAACGACACUGGUUUGCCUCUAACGGACAUGAAGAAGAGAUCAUGGAGUGACAUCGUUUCUGGCAAAGUGCCAAGUAGUACUUGAACUCUUUAUUUGUGUCUUUUACCCUUUUCGGGAUGUACUUCCUUUUUCUCUAAGUUUUGUCUUCUUUCUUGAAUUGUAAGCAACAUCAGAUCCUUGUACUGUUCUAUCCAGCUAUAUAAGUUGAGCUUUCUAAUGAGAAUACCUAGAUGAUUUAGCGUUUCUCUAUUCAAAACUGUUGUUAUGGUAUCAGAGCCUCUCUAAACCCUAGCCGCCGUAGACAUGGCUGAAAAUGCACAGCCAAAUGAUCCUGUUAACAAUGCUGCUGGUGCAAAUGCACAGCUACCUGCUGAUCCUAUGGCAGAUCCAUAUUACCUCCAUGGUUCUGAGCAACCAGGACUGCUCUUGGCGGGUGAGAAACUUACACCCACCAACUACAAUGGCUGGAGCCAAGCCAUGAUGAAUGCUUUGGGAGCCAAGAAUAAACUUGGUUUCAUCAAUGGUUCCAUUCCACACCCAGGAGCAGAACAUCAAAAUGCCUGGGCUUGGAACAGGAACAAUGUGAUGGUUCUAUCAUGGAUCCAGGAGGCCGUUGAAGCUAGCAUAUGAAAGACCAUAAUGUCUUGCAAAACCUCCCUUGAAGCAUGGCGUAGUAUGAGGUCCCACUAUGGUCAAAGAGAUGUGGUAAGAAUUGUCGAACUCACUGAAUCUCUAAGCAAUCUCAAAUAAGGUAGCCAGUCAAUUACUGAAUACUAUGGCAACCUAAUUGCAAUUCGAGACGAGCUAGAUAAUUAUCAGCCGCUUGAACACUGCACCUGCUCACCAACUAGUAGAGAAACUUGUGCUGUUGUGAGAUUGGUAUUUGCCUACAAAGACACCAAUUAUGUCAUUCAGUAGCUUAGGGGUUUGAAUGAAAAUUUCUCAAGUGU